AUGGCUACCUCUGCCAAUGCACUCAAGAAUGUUGUUGUAGUGGGAGGGUCAUAUGUUGGGAAGGCCGCAGCCAAAGAACUAGCCAACAUCCUUCCGCCGACUCACCGAGUAAUCCUCAUCGAACCACACACCCACUUCCAUCACCUCUUCGCCUUCCCCCGCUUUGCCAUCCUCCCCUCUCACGAACACAAAGCCUUCAUCCCUUACACCUCACUCUUCUCCUCUUCUCCUUCUCCUUCUUCUCACCUGAUUCUCCCCGCCAAAGUCUUAUCCGUCUCCACCUCUCCCAACACUCUCACCCUUGACCGACCUGUCCAGUAUCCGCCCUCUUCAGUCAACACCCCCAUCUCCUCCUCCCUCAACAAUGCCAUUGGGACAACAAAGCAGAUCCCCUUCGACUACCUCAUAACCGCAACAGGAACCCGCCUCUCACCCCCCGGCUCCUCCCCCCACGACACCAAGCCCCUAUCCAUCUCCUUCCUGCAAUCCUUCCAAUCAGCAAUCACCUCCCCCUCAACAAGCCACGUGAUAAUAGUCGGCGGUGGCGCGGUCGGUAUACAAAUGGCUUGCGACCUUAAAGAACUCCAUCCUGGUCCUACCAAGAAAGUAACGCUUGUGCAUUCGAGAGACCAACUAAUGCCGCUUUAUCAUCACCGGUUAAGUGAUAUUGUUAAAGUGAGGUUUGGGGAGUUGGGGGUUGAGAUGGUUUUGGGGAAGAGGGCGGUUGUGCCUGUGGGUGGGUGGGCGUUACCUGUCCCUGGACAAGAGGGGAAGAAGAAGAAGAUGGUUGUUAAUCUGGCAGGCGGGGAAACAGUGGAAGGGGACGUGAUAAUCCAAGCUACUGGCCAACAACCGAACAACGAGUUUUUGGUCGGGCUGGAGACACAACAACAACAACAAGGGACCGAAGAAAAGGGAAAUGGGAGGGUGAUAAACCCCAUCAACGGCUUCGUGCGAGUUAAAAAAACGAUGCAAUUCGCCGACGAGCGUUUCUCGAACUUCAUGUUUGCCGUGGGCGACAUUGCGGAUUCUGGGGCGCAUAAAGCUGCUAGACCGGGGAGUGUGCAGGCGGCUGUUGCGGCGAGGAAUGUUGUUAGGCUUAUCGAACAUGAGGGGAAGACUUCGGAGGAGGAGGAUGUGGAGUUGGAGUUGGAAAGUAUCGAGGUGCAGCCUGCGGGGAUACAUUUGACGCUUGGUUUGACGAAGAACAUCAUCUUCAGAAACCCCAACCCGGCGGUUGGCCAGAUGGAGCCAACAUACACCUUGAAGGAUGAUGGUAAGGAGGAUAUGGGCAUCGAAGGGGUUUGGGGCAGGAACGGUAUCAAGGUUUCUGGACCGCAGGAGUACCAUCUCUGA